AUGACACAAGUCGAGGUGCGCGAACAAGAAGAAGCAGCUCGAUUACGCGCUGAGCGCACGAACGACAAAGGGAAAUCACCAAAGACUUCGCCGAACCGCGGAGUCGGCGUGAGUGCUAGACGAACGCCCAGGUCAGGCAGCCGAGAGGGUCGCGGGAAGUCUGCAGGCAGGAGAGAAGCCAAGCUCUCGGUACCCACGACCAACGAAAACCUUGCAGCAUUCGAGCAGAGAUUGCUGCAAGACUCCUUGCACGAAGACGCGUCCGAGGCGGUGGCCUCUCUUCUCCAGAGGAAGCGAGUGCUCGGCUGCAUCCACGAGGCUUCAAGGUUAGGCCGCAACGAGAAGGCCUGGGGAAAACAAUCUUCGUCCCCUUUCGGUCUAGGGGUAUUUCCUCCGUGGGCACUUGCUUCACACAGAUUCAUCGCCCUGGUGCACCGCGGUAGUCUCGUGGCGGUGUCGCAGGCGUCACCCUUUGUAUUUUGGGAAAAUCUGGUGAGCGAGUGUGAGACAUCUGAUUAUUGCAUUGUCCACGCCCAAACUCAUCGGCGCAAGAGGUUCAACGUACUUGUGACUGAGUAUCUGAACAUUUCAUCCCUGUGGGCGUCGCCCUUAAUCAUCGUUCGAAAAAAUAUCAACAUGAAGGCGGAAAGGAGAAAGACAAACCAACUCAUUGCGGACAUUCUGGGGCCGUUCCUGGAGAACGGCGACCUCCUCAAGGCGGCGCUUGAAGACGAGCAGGGCGCACGAGCUUCCGUUCCCGCCAACAGGGCGACCAGCGCUAGUCGAGCCACCACCAAUGCCGUCAGCACCGCACGCGAGAUCCCCGGAGACGGGGCAGGCGGUGACGGAGAGCAGUCCCCGUCGUCCUCCGUCGCGGAGGCGGGGGACACCGGAGUUCGACAGAUUGGCCGGGAGAACGAGGAAGGCUCCGCAGCAGCAGCAGCAGCAGAUGGCGGGAUGUGGGGCUACAGGUCAAGCUUGUCCUCGAAGGGUUGCUGGAAGAUCGAUGCACGGGCGGCCGGGCGGAGGGAUUCUUCGUUAAAGCUGGGAUUCGAUUCGGUGGCGUUUGACCUUUUCGUCCUCCCGCACGAGAAGGGGGACAAGAAAGGGGGAGAAGAGCCUGCAGCACCGCCGGAACGGAAGCAGCGACACGCUACGAGAGUUAACGGCCACGAGGAGGCUAAGUCGUCUUCACAUCGCGCGACGCGUGCGGUAGUAACCAACGCAGUGCCCUUUCGCCUGGCGGACGGGCUACCCCGAGAGCUCGGCCCCCUUCUGUUCGACGACACGUCGGAUGCCUCUCUCCUCGCAGGAGACGCCGCAGAGUACCACCCCCAGUCUCGUGUGGCUAAAAGGAGACCCGAACACCCUCUGGUGACAGUUUCGGACCCUGAACUAGAUGGCUCAGAACUCGAGGAAGUCGAGGAAGAGGCGGAGGAAGAACAUGAAUAUGGGUGGGAGAGCAAGAAGGAUCCUAGGAGCGCCGGGCAGAUAUUGAGUCACACGCAUCGUGGGUCUGGGCCUAGCGAGGCGGCCGUAGAGGUUAGAAUCCGUGGGGAAACGUUGAGCGCCGACCAGCUGGCGAGGGCAGGGUUACCGCAUGAUUUGUUUGGCCUGGUGGUGGAUGAACGCUUCAACGUUACCAAUGCUGCCACGGCGGGCGAUUCGAAGAGCUCAGGGGGGGUGAACGAAAGGAGACGAAAGGAGUGA